AAACUCAAAGUACAACAGGGGCCAUGCAACGUGGGAUGGGCGGAGCGAGGAGCAGAGCUGGCUCUCGGCAGGAUGGACGCACCAGCAAUCUUCACGGAGGCGGAUUUUUACCAGCAGAGUUUCGACCCUCAGGCAUAUCUGAAAGAAUAUUACAGCAUGAGUGACAGCCGGGAAGGGGCAAAUGUGUUUCUGACGCAAAACUUGAAGAGCCUGCACAAAAUGUUCUCCUUAGACGAGCUGAGAGGUGGCACCCUGAUAGAUGUCGGCUGUGGCCCCACCAUCUACCAGCUUCUGUCUGCUUGUGAGCGCUUCCAGGAGAUUAUUGCCCUGGACUACACCGACCAGAACCGCCGGGAGCUGGAGAGGUGGUUGAGGAACGAAGCAGGAGCCUUUGACUGGGUGCCGGUGGUGAAAUACGUCUGUGAGCUGGAAGGGGACAGGGAGAAGUGGGCUGAGAAACAGGAGAAAGUGAGGAAGAAGGUGAAGCAGGUUCUGAAGUGUGACGUGACCAGAGCCAACCCCACGGGCGCUGUGUCCCUGCCACCAGCCGACUGCAUCGUCUCCACCCUGUGCCUGGAGGGCGCCUGCAAGGACCUGCCCACCUUCCGCAGCGCCCUGAGGAACAUUGGGACCCUCGUGAAGCCGGGGGGGCACCUGGUGCUGGUGACCGUCCUCGGGGAAACCUACUACGCCUUCAACAAGCAGGUUUUCUCGUGCCUCCGCCUGGAGAAACACGAGGUGGAGGCGGCUGUGGAGGCUGCUGGCUUUGAGGUGACGUUCAGCGAAGCGCAGCCGUACACGGCCUGAGCCCGGCAGGUCCUGCACGUGGAAUGAGCCCUGAUGGCAACACGAGCGUCACACGCUCCCAGCUGAGCCCGAGGGGAGCCGGGGAGGGGAAAGAAGGCACAGCAAGGCAAACGAGGCUCCAGGGAAAUUAAGGCAAAGUGGAAGUCCUGGCAAAGCGAGGUAAUAACUCCCUUUCUGAACGAGUGGCUGUUUGGGAUUUAACCAGGCGGACGCGAUUAAUCCAAAUGGAUAUAAAUUCUAGGUGCGGUGGCGAGUAAUGGGGUGGAGAGAAUGAACGGCACCCAAUUAACAGGGAAAGCAGAGCUGUGCUGGGACCUAAUGAGAAAUGAAGGCUCAACUGCCCCCUCUCGAAAUUCCUCCAGAUGGAAAACACCCGUUUUACAUCCCGCGUCUUCUGGGAUUCCCAGGGGAUUACAGUGGCUGUGGAGAUUCAACGGCAGGGGCAGGGGAGCCGCUUUCCAAAGUCCUUGGAGAAGUGAAGUCGCCGGGAAGGGCGCUCUGACGGGAUCCAGCCACGGGAGCAGCUGGGCUCGGAGGGAGAGAGGGGUCGGGAGCCCCAGGAGGGGACACCCAGUGUAUCACCGCAGCCCUCCCGGGAUUCAGGGCCUCGGCGGCUUCCCGGUCUCCAAACAGCCCGUUUGGGGGUUUUUAACCUGCGCCCCGGGUUUUAACCGGCUGGCUCUGACCCCCUCGGUUUCCCAACAGGAAUAACAGGAAAAGGGGGAACGCCCGGCACCAGCCGCGGUGUCACCGCCUGGACGCAGGUGCUGUCACGACACCGGGACACGCAACACAUCCACGAUUCCCUCGCGACAAACGGGGUUUAUUGCCGGUUGUUAGUUGA